AUGUUGCCGGACAAUAAUGGAAACUUGGGACAAUAUUCCGGAGUGGCAAUAUGGGGAAGUAGUCCAUCAAUUGAUGCUCUCAGGAAACAUGUCUAUAUUGCCACUGGGAACACGUAUUCGGUCCCCGAAAAUGUAAGUCAAUGUCAAGAAAAUCAGAACAGUUCAACGGUACCUACUCAUCCAGAUGCCUGUGUAGAGCCUGACAACCAUGGUAAUUCAAUCCUGGCACUUGAUUUGGACACUGGUAAUGUCAAAUGCUUACCUCCUGGACCUAAUGUGGAUGCUGAUUUUGGGGAAGCACCUAUGAUGCUUAGUGCACAAGUCAAUGGGAGCAAGCUAGAUUUAGUUGUUGCCGUUCAGAAAAGCGGGUUUGCAUGGGCUCUAGAUCGGAAUAAUGGCAGCCUUGUGUGGUCUACGCAAGCUGGGCCUAGUGGCAUUGGUGGAGGAGGAAUUUGGGGAGCAGCUACUGAUGCGAAAAGGGUAUACACCAACAUUGGUAAUUCUGGUGCCAAAAAUUUCACUCUCAAGCCAUCGAACAAGGUAACGACUUCGGGUGGAUGGGUGGCAAUGGACUCUGGCAGUGGCGAGAUUCUAUGGUCAACAGCGAAUCCCAGCAAUGCAACUUCUUAUGGACCAUGGCCUUCUGCAGAGAAAUACAAGCCUAGCACUCAAGAUUGGCCGAACCAUGGAGGAGACUUGUAUAACAGAAGAUAUGCUAACACGGAGAAGAAGAUAAGCCCUGCAACAGUUUCCAAUCUCAGUGUGAAGUGGAAAUUCUCCGUGGGAGGUGACAUAACUGUAACACCAACCAUUUCUGAUGGCAUUCUCUACUUCCCUAGCUGGAAUGGAUAUCUCUAUGCCGUUAAAGAAUCUGAUGGAUCCCUUGUCUGGAAGAAGAAUGUGCAGAAUGACAAGAUCAACCCCAACAAUCGCCGGUGA